GUUCUAGGAACAACCAGCAGGAGCAUGUGAGCCUCAGCGGAAUUUCGGCUGCCAGACUGUCGAAGAACAGCACUGCAGAGGGAGCACCCCAGAUGUUCAACAGCAGCCCCGAUAGCCACAGCUGAUGCAGGACUAAGACAGCUUCUCGCCCCGCUUCCGCCCCGGGUCGGCUUCCCUUACUCACAGCCCUGCUUUUCUCCUCCUCUUCUCCCCCUCUCCUUUGUCCCCGCUCCACCUCUUUAGCCACCCUCCCCUUCACUAACGCUUGCCCUACCCCUUCUCCCCCCUUCAGUCCAGCCUCUGCUACCACCGCCCGCAGCUACUGCUGGCGGGACAAACCACGCUGCUCUCUGCAGCUGGAGAAGAGAGUCAGAGAGCCAGCGGGGGAGGAGGAGAGGACAGGCGAGGAGAAACCGAGCUACCAGAAGCUAAACAAGCGGGCAAGUUGGUCGGCCGGGUUCCCCAUCUGCCGCGAGAGUCUGUCGGCUGCGGGGUACAGAUUUCCACAAGGUGGAAGUUGCCGUAUCUGUUCUUCUGAACCCUGUGUCAGAAUGAUUUCCUCUGGAGUGCAGUACCACAAUUGGGGCAGAACUGAAGGCUUUUUCCUGAAGUUUCAAAUGUUCCUUGCUAGUAUCUGGUUUCACGUGGUCCUGGUUACAUCUCAGCAAGCAAGUACUGAUAAUUCCACUCCAUCAGCUGGAACAACUAUGACUGCUGAUGCCUCCAUUAUGACCUUCAUAGCAUCCCCCAAUGGUACACCAGAGGUGACAGAAGUCGAAACAACAAGCCUUGAUGGUACCUCAAGUGUAUUAUCCACUCUAAGCAGAGCAGAAAAAGCUAAAAUCAUUCUAUUAAAAACCUUCAAUUCAUCAGGAGUAAAAUCUCAGAGUUACAUUUGCAAUUUGUCAUCUGUCUGCAGUGAUUCAGUGUUCUAUAGAGGUGAGGUGAUAUUGGAAAACCAUGAAGAAAGCAAUAUUACUCAGAAUGUGAACAUGAACCAGGAUGCAGUCAAUGACACUUUAAUUGAGGAUCUCUCACUAAACAAAACAAAAAUUUCAGAACUCAAAAAAUCACUGAAAAGCCUAAGUGAGUCAUAUUUCAUAACAUGUGGGACACAGAACCAAAGCAUAUCAAAUUGUACGUUCACAAUCAAAGUGAAUAUGACAGUGAACAUCUGCCCCUUGCUGGUUACCUUAAAGAGAAUAGAGGUGCGUCUCAUAGAACAGUGCUGUUGCUCCUUCAAGACACAUUGCCCUUCGAGUAGCAAAGAACUAAAAGAAUUGCAAUGUGAUCUACAAGACCCAGUCAUCUGUCAUGAAGAAUCCAGUCAUGCACUCAGUCCAUUUUUUCCUGCUCCUGACAAAUCUAUUCCACCUUCUCCUCUUGCUACCCUUUCCUCCAAAGUUGGUCCUAUUUAUAUUCCUCCAAAUAUGUCAUCUGGGAAUAGACUCAGUACACCUUUCAUUCAGUCUGCAACCUGGGAAAUUCACACUUCUCCCACUCAACCAUCCAGUCAAACUGUCAUUGGGCUGCCUCAACCAGAAUCUUCCACAUCAACCACCCCUGAAACCAUACCUUCCUCCACAACUCCUUCUAUCAACUCUUCAGUCUCAUCUAUCACCGUCUCUACUUCUGUUACUGAUGCUUCAACUAGCCUACCUCAUGGAAUUACAGAAAAUUUUACCAGCAGCAGCAUAAGUGCAUCUGAAAUUGAGAGCCAAGUAUCCGAAAUGGAAAAGUGUCUGUCUUCAGACAGCGUGGAGCCUAACCUUGCAGAGGAAAUGAUUCGUAAAGUGAGCAAACUCCUCCAUGCCCCACCAGCUCUGCUCACUCCUUUGUCUCAAAGGUUGUUAAAAGUGGUGGAUGAUAUUGGCUUGAAACUGAACUUUUCAAAUAAGACCAUCAGUUUCACCUCACCUUCUUUGGCUCUGGCAGUGGUCAAGACCAAUGCCAGCACCUUCACCAAAACGACUUUUGCUGCCCAAGAUCCUUCAGAUCUCCAGGUUACUUUGGAUACUCAAGCUCCUGAAAAUAGCAUUGGUAUCAUUAAUCUCCCCACCCAGCUGUUAGACAAUUUAUCUGCUGAAGAGUCAGAGAUGGCAUCUCGAAUCCAGUUCAACUUUUUUGAGACACCUACCUUGUUCCAAGACCCUUCACUCAAGAAUCUCUCUCUGAUAAGCUAUGUUAUAUCUUCAAGUGUGGCUAAUCUAACGAUCAGAGACUUGACAGCAAAUGUGACUGUUACUCUACAGAAUACAAGUCCUAAUCAGGAUAACUUCACUGUAAAAUGUGCCUUUUGGGACCUGAGUAGAAAUGGUGGCAGAGGAGGGUGGUCCUCUGAAGGCUGCACAGUGAAAGACAAGAGAAUGAAUGAAACAGUGUGCUCCUGCAACCACCUUACAAGCUUUGGCGUUCUGCUGGACUUAUCCAGAACACCCUUACCACCUAUCCAGAUGCUGAUUCUUACGUUCAUCACCUACAUUGGCUGUGGAUUGUCUGCGAUUUUUCUUUCAGUUACUCUGGUAACCUACAUAGCCUUUGAAAAAAUCCGGAGGGACUAUCCUUCCAAAAUUCUCAUCCAGCUAUGUGCUGCCCUACUCCUCUUGAAUCUAGUGUUUCUCCUGGACUCAUGGAUUGCUUUGUAUAACAUUCGUGGCCUCUGUAUCUCCGUGGCAGUAUUUCUUCAUUAUUUCUUGUUGGUUUCAUUCACUUGGAUGGGUCUAGAAGCUUUCCAUAUGUACCUCGCUCUUGUCAAAGUGUUUAAUACCUAUAUUCGGAAAUAUAUACUCAAGUUCUGCAUUGUGGGUUGGGGUGUCCCAGCUAUAAUUAUAGCCAUUGUGCUGGCUAUAUCACCUGAUAACUAUGGAAUUGGUUCCUAUGGAAAAUUCCCCAAUGGUUCACCUGAUGAAUUUUGCUGGAUCAACAAUAAUGUUGUAUUUUACAUUACUGUGGUAGGAUAUUUCUGUGUGAUAUUCCUGUUGAAUGUCAGCAUGUUCAUUGUAGUACUAGUUCAACUUUGUCGGAUCAAAAAAAAGAAGCAACUUGGUGCCCAAAGGAAAACAAGCAUCCAGGACCUUCGGAGUGUUGCUGGGUUGACCUUUUUAUUGGGGAUCACUUGGGGAUUUGCCUUCUUUGCGUGGGGACCAGUUAAUCUCCUGUUCAUGUAUCUCUUUGCCAUCUUUAAUACUUUGCAAGGAUUCUUCAUCUUCAUCUUCUACUGUGUGGCAAAAGAAAAUGUCCGGAAACAGUGGAGACGAUACCUUUGUUGUGGCAGAUACAGGCUGGCUGAAAAUUCUGACUGGAGUAGAACUGCUACUAAUGGUUUAAAGAAGCAGAUUGUAAACCAAGGAGUGUCCAGUUCUUCAAAUUCCUUACAAUCAAACAGUAACUCCACUAAUUCUACCACCCUGCUAGUGAAUAAUGAUUGCUCAGUACACGCAAAUGGGAAUGGAAAUGCCUCUACAGAAAGGAAUGGAGUCUCCUUCAGUGUCCAGAAUGGUGAUGUGUGCCUGCAUGACUUCUCAGGAAAACAACAUGGAUUUAAUGAGAAGGAAGAUCCCUGUAACAGCAAGAAUCGAAUCUCUCUCAGAAGGACUUCAAAGAGGGGGAGCCUCCAUUUUGUUGAGCAAAUGUGAUAAAAAAAAAAAUUCCAGCACAGUGCUGGGUAGUGGAAGAGUGGAAGAGUGGAAGAGUAUCAGAGUCUUUACUUUUACACAAUGUGAGAAGGACUCAAAGCUGACUUAUUUAGGGCUCCAGGUCCUUGGGAAGAAAAGAUUCAGAACUGGCAAGGACCAAGCAUUGUUGGGGAAAAAAAAAGAAUUUCAAAAUUCUGUUAGAGAAGAUCUAUCAGAAGCUACUUUGGAGCUCACCUUUAUUUGCCAUUUGAGUCAUCAUUCUUCUUUUCAGAGAGAGCUGUUUUUAAGCAUUUAAACUAUAGAAAUACUAAGUAAAUAAUCUAUGUAGUACAAUGUAAAAUGCAUACGUGAUUACAACCUAGACAAUGCUUAUUUCCUUUGUUAUCAUAACAUGCAACAGCUGUUAAUUACAAUCUUCGGGAGCUUUGUCCUAAUUGUUGAACAUAAGUUAAAUAUCAUGGACCGUCAACAUUUUGUUCAACUUGAAAAAGCAUAUCUAUUUAUUUCCUAUAAUGUAAUAUGUUUUCUUUUGUACAGAACAGUGGUUGCAUUUUGUUUCAAGCUAUAACUUAGGAAAUGCUAGCUGAUGCAAUGAACUCCCAAAUUCUGCUCUGUAUUAGCCUAAAGAUUAAACAGUAUGAAAUGCAUCAAUGUACACAGGCCAACUUCUAAAGAUAGCGGCUAAACUGAAAUGUAUAAGUGGACCUUGAACCAGUUCUUGGUUACCUGAUUCCAAGACCUGAUUCUGGUUCUUUUAGUCCAGUUUCAAAGUUGUCACAGGAAGGAAGGGAAGGAGGCAUUCUGCAGACCACUUAGCAGAGCAGUUCGAAUCUUUGAGCAACCUAAUUCACUGCCACUUUUCAAUUCUCUAGGAACCUUCCAAAAAGAAGGGACGGAAUAGCAUUACUUUUCAAUGGACAUGUAUUUAAGGAAAGAUUGCCAAUUGCUAUUCCUUAGGAGCAAGAUAGUUGCAUGGUAUAUGGUUGACUUUUAAGACUGUUAAGCUCUUGCUUAUCCUGAGAUAGAAUUAAUACAAAAACUAUUAUAGAAGUAUCGGGACAUAUCAUGUCUCAAAGACAGGUGUACAGUGACGAAGGUAAGCAUGAGAUUGAGACGGGUAGAAUAUCCCACAAUAUUAUCAUUCCUCUGAAGACCAAACCCUAAUUUGUAGAUAGUCGAUGGCUUUACCUUUGCUUCACAUUGACAGUAUCUUCAUCAUUUCCCCAAGUAUGUUCUUAAUAGGAACUAUAUAAAGUCUCUACUAAGCCAUACUCUCCUACCCUCGUGGGAUCUAUCGUAUAGAUUCAUAAUGCUUGUGGGGCCAUAGGACAAACAAUCAUGAUAGAAUAAUGGAUUUCUGUGAAAGCUCUACUUGGCUAAUUGCCUUUGCACUGUUUCUUAAUAUGGUUUAUUUAAUUCUUUUGUAUUUAUAUUUUAAAAUGUUGAAACUGGUCAAAUAAAUUUCAAAUUCAUUUCAUUAA